AUGCACCUGUCAUCGCUUUCAGUCUACGACGACGAAGCCAGUAUCAUGCGCCUCCGUAUCAACUUCCUCCACAUGGACGGCACUAUCCAAGUACCCACUGUGCAGCAGCGCCUGCUCAACACAUUCAAAUUCUUCGGCCAACGACCUGGUUCGUUCAGGCAGUAUUGUGAGUUCAUCACGGCCAACUUCACCGGCGGACCGGUCUUCAAAGAGGCUGCACGACUCAUCGCCUGGGCGGGAUGGCGCCUGGGAGCCCAUUUGCUCUCCAGCACCGAAUUCCAGACCCGGAUCCAGGGAUCCGAGGCUAUAAAUGCCGAGCACAGCAUCAAAGUCUUCCGCUGGGCAGUCGCCCACAUGCCCCUGACCGCAGCCGAGUUUCUGGAUCGGCUCAAGAAGUGGGGCGGGGUGAGAAUUUGUCAGGAUGGAAGUACCUGGCUGGGAUUGGACGGCGGGCUGGACCCCCUUUCAAAGACGUCCUGGCAAGCGGCAUACCGCCGGGAAUAG